UACUUUGUCUUCCUCCCGCUUUUUAAUAGUUAUCCACUAACCUGUUUGUAAUCUUGCAACCAUUUUCCUAUCUUGGACAAAAAAUUCAUUUCCAAAGUCUGCUGCACUGUAUUGGAAAACUAUCAUAUUCACAUAUAUAGAGAAGAUUUCCCAGCACCCAGAACAUAAAAAAAGAAAAAAAAAAAAAAAGAGAGCCAAGAUAUGAUGGAAGCUGUUGACGAAGACAUUGUGAUUGUGGGUGCUGGAAUUGCUGGCCUCACAACGUCCUUAGGACUUCAUAGGUUGGGAAUUCGAAGCUUAGUAUUGGAAUCCUCGGAUGGUUUGAGGAUCACUGGAUUUGCCUUCACGACAUGGACAAAUGCUUGGAAGGCCUUAGAUGCUGUUGGCGUUGCUGACUCCCUCCGACAACAGCAUCAAAGGCUUAAUGGGAAUGUGGCUACCUCUUCAAUUUCUGGACUUCAAACCUCAGAGAUGUCAUUUGAAGCCAAAGGAAAACAUGGAGACCACGAAAUUCGUUGUGUUCAAAGGAAGUUGUUGUUGGAAGCCUUUUCAAACGAACUCCCAAGUGGCACCGUUAGGUUCUCUUCCAAAGUGGUUACUGUAGAGGAAUCUGGCUUCUAUAAGCUUGUGCAUCUUGCAGAUGGAACCAUUCUCAAAACCAAGGUGUUGAUUGGGUGUGAUGGGGUGAACUCAGUGGUGGCAACGUGGUUGGGCUUCAAGAAACCAGCUUUCACAGGGAGAUCUGCCAUAAGGGGCUGUGUAGAUAUCAAGCACAAUCAUGGUUUUGGGACCAAGUUCAUGCAGUUUUUUGGAGAAGGUGUUCGAACUGGUUUUAUUCCUUGUGGUGAUACCACUAUCUAUUGGUUUUUCACGUGGACUCCAUCUUCCUGCAACCAAGAAAAAGAGAUAGAAGAUAACCCAGCUGAAAUGAGGCGACUUGUGUUAAGCAAGCUAGGAAAAGUGCCUGAUGAGGUAAGGGCUUUUAUUGAAAACACUGAUUUGGAUGGUUUUAUAUCAUCCCCAUUGAGGUACAGACAUCCUUGGGAGCUUCUUUGGGGAAAUAUCAGCAAAGGCAAUGCUUGUGUGGCCGGUGAUGCACUCCACCCCAUGACUCCAGACAUUGGCCAAGGUGGUUGUGCUGCCUUGGAAGAUGGUGUUGUCUUGGCCAGGUGUCUUGCUGAGGCGUUAUUGAAAGAACCAAGUGGGGAGAAAUUAGCUGAAAAAGAAGAAUAUAAGAGGAGGAUUGAAAUGGGGUUGAAGAAGUAUGCCAAAGAGAGGAGAUGGAGAAGCAUUGAACUCAUUAGUACAGCUUAUAUGGUUGGUUUCAUCCAGCAGGGUGAUGGAAAAGUGAUGUACUUCUUUAGGGAUAUAUUGGCUGCAUACAUGGCUGGGUUGCUGUUGAAGAGGGCUGAUUUUGAUUGUGGGAAGCUCAGCAUUUCAUAAAUGCAUCCAUAUGCCCAUGUACUAAAGAUAAAGUAAUUAUUGUCAUAUAUAUAUAUAAAAGCCGAGUUUUGACGUAGAGAGUAUUUAGAAUUACGACACUUGUCCUGAACCCAUGUUUUAGAGAAUGCCUAUAAUUGCGACACGUGGCGUUAUAAAGAAUGAACAAGUUUUGGGCAUUUAAAAUCUAGGGGUUUUAUUUGUAAUGCAUUUAAUUAU